AUGUACCUCGAACGCUUACAGAACCAGCAAUACGUGCUCCUUGCGGUCAUUCUCUUAUGGCACUCGAUCGCAUCGCUAGCUAGAAACUGCUGCACAGACGGCGAGACACAGGAGGAUCCCCAUGAUGACCGCAGCUACUUUGCCUGCUGCAAUGGAGCUUUGGUUCGCAAGACUUGCGAAUGCGGAAGCUUUUGAAACGUCACAAUUCAGUCAUGUCAAUCGCGUAACGAUCAGUGCACAGCAAACGAGAUCCAGCUCGAUCCC